AGCUGAAUCGUGCAUCAACAAAAAUAUAUCAGUGGUGAGCAUCAUUUUUCUAGACCAGAUGCCCACUUGCAUAUGCACCAAAUAUAACUGUUGGUAGGGUCAAUGCAAAGGUGAUGUUCAAAAGCAAUGAAACUGGAAUGUGGCUACAAAACAAGGCGCCUGACACACAUUGUUUACAAUUAUCUUUCGUUUCGUUCUGCAAGUGUCGAGCACUGAUACUGACUGUUUACUACCAGAUCUUGCCUUCAAUUCAUCUUGAAAACUUUCAUAAUUGUUUAUUAGAUCUUGCCGUCAUCUUGACAAUUUUCAUAGUUAUAAUCGUGGUGCGGUGGAAAUGCCGAACGAGGCACGAGAAGAAUGGAGCACCGAGGAGGAGAGAGUGCUUCUCCAAAUUCGGGCGGAGGAAGCCAUUAUGGAGGCAAUGGACAAUCCAUCCGCUAAGCUUUACGCAGAAGUUGUAGGUAAGCUUCGAGAAAGGGGUAUUAAUAAAGACAAGAAGCACAUGAUUCAAAAACUGAAGUACUUAAAAAGAAAGUACUAUGCGAUGGUCGACCACAACAACAAAAGUGGAAACGAUAAAAAAACUGUUCCAAAUUCUGAUAUUAUGGAGUCAAUCUGGGGUAAUAGGGCAACCACAAAACCCUUGAACAUUGUUUCCAGCAGUAGGCAGGGUAGGCGGAAAUCUGAGGUUGAGGUAGAGCUUGAAGUUAGCACCACUGACGUAACAAGGAGCUCAGCUACAUCUCAAGAUUCAGAUUACAAUCAGGAUGUAGACAUGUUGGAUGUAGAAUCUGUGGAUGAAGAACUGCAAAGUGAUGGGGCAUCUACAUGUAGUACAGCAUCAGAAACUGUUGGCCGUGACGCUGAGCAUCUUAAAUCAUCUAAACCAUCAUCUAAACCCGAUGAUGUAGUUGGGCCGCAGAACUUCGAUUUGAAGAGUAAGCCAAUGCUAUGUUUAAUUAUACUGAUCGAAAUUACUUAAGAAGUCCCCUUGUGCACAUGUACUGUUUCCCUUUUUUUUUAUAAUUUAU